GUAAUUUGUAAUCCUUGAGCUUCGAUUCUCGAAUGCAGCGCAUUGGAUGUACAACACCUGAGAGAAAUUAUUACCCCUUUCCAUUUGAUUAGUUGAAAAUUGAGAAAAUAUUAGUGACUCAAGCCCACUAUCGGUUGUGGGAAAGAGAUUGCUUUCACAAUGAGUUCUCCAAUGCAUUGUACACUAUACAGAUCUGCAAGUACUGCCUUUUUCCCAGGUAUGCCUUUUUUUCCGUGCACUGACAGCGUAAAGAGUGGUCAAGAUGGGCGAGAAAGUUACUUAUUGUUAUUCUUUCCCCUCCCAGUACCAAAAUAAAACGCGUUUAGAGACUUGUUUGUAACAGAUCUUAUUGCGCGCGUCAAUCAAUUAUGACGAAAAUUCACCAAGGCUUAGACCAGACGACGACAACCGAGUAUGAUGACUGCUGUGAUGGCGGUGCGAGCUGGAAACGUCUCAAAUAAGGCGUUAGUAAAAAAGGUGAUUGGAUUCAUCGUCGUUGUGGUUGUUUGUGUGGCAGUUGUUGUUGUAGUUUUAAAAGUCCUCAAAACGUUUGGGGACUCCUCUAGCGACUCCAAAAAGGAAAAAACAUUUAAUGAAGUUCGCGUACUGACGAACCAGGGUGGUGUGGGUAAUUUUGGACCAUCUAUACUCAAGUACGAAGGCGUACUGAAAAACGAGGUCAAAGUCUCCCCCCAGCAUCCGGGCAUUCAACUUUGGACGAUUCCAGUUUCCGGUCUCUGGUCUAUCGAAGCUAGAGGAGCCUCCGGGGCUGAUGGGAUAUUAGCCGGAAGUUCAAGUAACCGUAAGCGAGGAGGAUACGGAGCUAUUGUGAAAGGAAAAUUCCUUCUACACAAGGGAAGAAUCCUAAAGAUUUUGGUCGGCAAUGAGGGCUUCCGUGACUUUCUAGACCCUCACCGUCCUGGGGGAGGAGGGGGUGGUACCUUUGUUGUGUACGAGGAUGGUAAACCGCUGCUUGUAGCUGGUGGUGGGGGUGGUGGUGGAAUACCAAAAGCUUCUCGACAGACAGAUGGGAAAGGUGGUAGGUCCAAUGAUGAGCCAUCCUCCAGUGUCAGCGGCAGCGAGGGUAAAGGCGGGAAACUUUUAGACUACAGCGACAGCAGCGAGACGGUCAUCAAUGAAUCUACUGGGCAUCACAAAGUUAUUGCAGGUGCAGGAGGAGGUAUGUACAGCGCUGGAGUCGGCUUCAAAGAAGGCUGGGGUGGAGAAAGCUUCGUUGGUGGAGGAAAUGGUGGAGAGGCAAACACGGUAUAUGAUAAGUUUCCCCAUGGGAAGAGGGGUCGUGGAGGUUUUGGUGGGGGAGGGGCUGCCGGUUUGUUGCCCGGAGGUGGGGGAGGGUAUUCGGGGGGUGGUGUCAAAGGGUGUUGGUUGCAGUGUGAUGGUAAGAAUGGUGGCACAGCGGAAGGAGGAAGUUCGUACAACGCCGGGAUUUCCCCUUCUAAUAAGGCAAACAAGAACAAGGGUCCUGGUAGAGUUUAUAUCAGGCUCAUGUCUGAGGAAGUUGAGGAAGAUUAAGCAGAUAAAAAUAUUCCUUUUCCCUUUCCUGGUUUUGAUGUAUUAUAUACGACCAGACUGCUAAUGCGAUCAUUUCACUCUUUGAAUUUCCAUCUACUUCUUGAACGUGUUGCAGCAAAGUGAAAUAUCAUUGGUUUGUCAAUCACGCUCAAGAUAAUCGACGAAUGAGGAAUAAAUUAUUUUUUGUAUUACUUUAGCGCAAGUAUCCAUUACACCUACUACCAUACCCGCCAUAUUCUAGCCUAACUUCCACAGUUCUGUCUGAAAAAAAUACCGGAACAAAAUUAGAGGGAGAGAUCUCGUUGCGUGACGAAAUAAAGAGCCUGCGCAGAAUGCUCCUUUUACAUCAAUAUCCACACAAGCAGCGCAUGUGCGUUUGGGAGACCGCAACUUCCUAACUUUCUGUGGACGGUCUCCCAAACUAGUCGAUAAGAGAAAUUUUUCAAUUAUUUUUCAACUGUUUUCCUUCAGUCUCUACGUUUUUUAGUUCAUCCAUGUUCUCCAGUCCUGUGGCUCGUCUUAAUGCUGAGGUUAUUCAAGUAUUCCGCUUCCUUCUUCCUGUUCAAGGCUGUCAUAAAACCAGCUGUCCGGUGUGAUAGAGUGAUUCAGAGCCAGUAGAAAGCGUCAUGUAGUUUUCCAAAAUUAUCUAUUUACCGCUGUUGCUGAAACUGAAAGCUAAUUGAAACGGGAAGACGAGUUUCUCAAGAGAGCAUGACCUAGGAUGAAAAAAUAAUCCUUUUUCGGAUAUCAAGGCCACUAAAAUCGUCUUUUUUGUUCA